UUAUCAAAAGCUAUUUGUAUGUAAACGGUUAUGCCAUUUUUAUUCCAUUGACUGACAUCUUCAUCGCUCUGGCGACUCAAAUACUAUAAUGUUUGAUACGCUGUAAUUUUUAAGCGUGCAUAUUCCUGAUUUAGGGUUUUUCGCCGAGCUGUGGUUUCUGUGAGCAAUGGGUGAGAGUGGGAAGCGUCAUCGUUCAUAUCGGGAUGAUGCAGACGGAAGGAACCAGAAGAGGAGAACUGAUAGGGAUAGGGAGAGGGAUGAAAGGGGAAACGAUGAAGUGAUAGUGUACAGAAUUUUGUGUCCGGAUACUGUUAUUGGGAGUGUGAUUGGGAAGAGUGGGAAAGUGAUUAAUUCCAUCAGGCAAGACUCGAGGGCAAAGGUGAAAGUGGUGGAUCCAUUUCCAGGUUCUAGAGACAGAGUUAUUACUAUCUAUUGCUAUGUGAGGGAAAGGGAGGAGCUUGAUGUGGAUGAUGAGUUCAAUGAUAACCGGCUUCUUUGUCCCGCACAAGAUGCGCUGCUCAGGGUGCAUGGCGCGAUUGCAAAUGCUGUAGCUGCACUUGGAGAUUCAGACACGAGGAGGAGAGACAGAGAGAGGGAGGAAUGUCAGCUUCUAGUUCCAUCUAGCCAGUCUGCUAAUAUUAUUGGGAAAUCUGGUGCAACGAUUAAGAAAUUGAGGAACAAGACAAGGACGCACAUCAAGGUUAAUCCUAAGGAUGCUGGUGAUCCAUCUCAUUCUUGUGCGCUGGAGUUUGACAAUUUUGUUAUGAUAUCUGGUGAGCCCGAUGCGGUCAAGAAAGCACUUUUUGCCAUUUCUGCGAUUAUGUACAAGUUUACAGCAAAGGAGAGCAUUCCUCUUGACACUUCUGUCCCCGAAGCACCUCCAAGCUUCAUUAUUCCAUCAGAUGUUCCAAUGUAUCCUGCUACUGGGAUUUAUUCAAGUGUAGAGCCCAUUAACCAUGCUAGACCAAUGCCUUCUAGCUUACGUCCUUCACACGCACACGAUAUCCCAGGCUAUGCUGAUGCCCGGGGAACUUGGCCAAUAUAUUCAUCUGCUCUCCCGAUGGUGUCUGGUUAUGGUGGUGCGUCGCGUUCUGAGGAACUAACCAUAAAAGUGUUGUGCCCCUCCAACAAGAUUGGUCGCGUUAUUGGGAAGGGUGGAAGUUCUAUUAAAGGUAUAAGGCAAGAGAGUGGUGCUCGUAUUGAAGUUGAGGACCCCAAGGCCAACCAUAGUGAGUGUGUCAUCACUGUGAGCUCCUAUGAGUCAUCAGAAGAUUUGAAAUCCAUGGCAGUUGAAGCUGUUCUGUUGUUACAAGGAAAGAUAAAUAGUGAAGAUGGUGAUACUGUAACUAUGCGGCUCCUUGUUCCGUCAAAGGUUAUUGGCUGCAUCAUUGGGAAAAGUGGUUCGAUAAUCAAUGAAAUUCGGAGAAGAACUUUAGCAGAUAUACGAAUUUCUAAAAGCGAGAAGCCUAAUUUUGAUGGUGGAGAUGACGAACUUGUUGAGGUGUAUGGACAAGUUGGUAAUCUGAGAGAUGCACUUAUUCAGAUUGUUUUGAGGCUCCGAGAUGAUGUAUUGAAGGAUAGGGAAGACAUGCACAAUGCUUCUACUGGUGUUGGGGCAUUAUAUGCUGGUGGUGCAUCUCUUCCAAUGUCAUCAGUUUUCCAUGGUGGACACUCUGGUGCUGCAUUAAGUUAUGACGAAAGAGCUGAAGCAGACAGUGGUUUGCGAUUACUUUCCCCCCGCGGAUAUGGAUAUGGGUCCUUAUCAAUGGAGGACACUGGCUAUGGAUCUUUGCCUUCACAUUCGGCAUCACUAUAUUCAGGGUUGUCUCGGCCAUCUGUUUUGGAAAUGGUCAUCCCCGCACAUGCGAUAGGUAAAGUAAUUGGAAAAGGCGGCACAAAUAUUGAGAAUAUACGCAAGAUAUCUGGAGCAGCUAUUGAUAUUCCAGAUUCCAAGUCUUCGCGAGGCGAUCGUGUGGCUAUAAUAUCUGGCACCUCAGAGGAAAAGCGUGCUGCUGAAAACUUGAUUCAAGCAUUCAUUAUGGCCACUUAAGGUUCAAGGGUAGCUCCAUUCGUAUGAAGUUGAAACUAGUUCAUAUCUGGGGUUUGUGAACAAAGGUUACUUCUCUCAUCCUCCUUUAGGUCCCGUUCGUGGAGAUCAAUCUUCUUCUUAGGCUUCUGGUGGAUUCUCAUCUCCUCUAUAGGAAUUCAGAUUCUUAUGAAGAGGCUUCUAAAAAGUUUUACAUAUCUAUUUCUAAGUGGUAUCAACUCUAGUGGCUGCAUGAUAAGGAUAUAUUCGUUCAUCUGCAGCAGCAUCAUAAGAGAAUAGGAAAUUUCAUUCCUAUUCGUUUCAUUCGUCAGACUCUUCUUAAAAUCUUAUUUCCUGCAUGAUUGGAUGUUGACUUGAUUUUCAAGAUCGUGACACAUAAUCUUAUGUAUUCCUUCCUUGCUUGCUGCUACUGCUUCUGUCUUAUUGUUGUGCCUCUAAUCAAUGUUCUCUUCCGCAUGUGCCUCUCCGUGCUCGUCAUGCUUUUAGUGAUAAGCUCAGAAUGACCUCUCUCCUAAUAAAAUGCACUGCUUCUGCUCUGGCAAGACAAUAUCUAUCAAUCGUAACUACAAAUUCCAAUACGCCUGUUGUUGAAUAGCUUGCGUUGGUUUCCUCGUUAGCUUACUAAUCUGAUCCAAUGUUAUGUUGUUUCAUGUCCUCUAAAUCUCUACUCAAAUCCUCUAGAAGGUCCAUUGACAUGUUCUUUACAGGAAUAGAAAAUGUUACAAUAUGACAUUCGGUUACCCAUAAUCUUCAUUCGGAAGUUUAUAGUUUACCUUGUUUCAAUUAUAAUCAAUUGGACCCUUAGUACCUUUGUUUAAUUGUUUUACUGGCCUGCAUAGGCUUAUACUGAACCGACAAACACGAAUAUUAAGAUCAGUCCUAGCUCAUUCAAUCAAGACAUUAAAGUAGUCCUUUCUACUAUGAGUGAAUAAGAUUUUGGAUCCUAAAACUUACUUUCUUCCUAAUCUAUGUGUUGACAUUAUUAUUCUUAUUAUUAUUCACAUACUGUCCUCAUCCUUGUACACGAGAUCAAGUCUGUCUCAGUCUAAUCUAUGGAAUGAUAUGAUAUCAGAUCUUGUUAUCUUCACCUUCAGAUUCUCGAUAGGCUUUAGAUCUGGGCCGCACUGCUCAUUCUCAAUCUAGUUAGUGCAAGUGGUUUGCAUAAUUUCUAAUCUGCAUUUAUCUAACAUAUCUGCUUUGAAUAAUAGAGGUUAUGCUGUUUCUGAAUCAGAAUAAUCCUUGAAUCUAAAAGCUCUGCUGCAUAUGUGAGGUUUGACGUUAUGCUCGUGUAGUUGGGGACUUUGGUGCAAUUUCAUUCUUCUUUCAUAUUCCUCAACUUUGUUCUUAGUAAAACAGAGUAAGAGUUUCGUGAUCUGGUGAGUACUUUAAUCUGCUUGAUUCUCACCCAUGGCUUAUCUGUGGUAUCUAUGGGUUGGUUGGUGGUCUGUUAGUUGUUAUAGCAGAUUGAAUAGUUAUAUCUAGUUCUCAAGUAUAGCAGGUUUAUACCAAUUCGCAUUGCUUCCCACUUUUGAUGAAAUUUCAUUAGUUAAUUACACGGUCUCUUUAUGCCCUCGUUUCAUUUUCUUAACAUGAAAGAAACCCUAUUAGUCGCCCUACAUGAUCGUGUCUUAGUCUAUUCCGAUUAAGGUCUCCAUGCCUGUGAAAGCUAUGGCAGAUGGGUUACUCUAGUAGAUCUUGAGUUUCUUACCUGCCGAUGGCAUAAUCUUAGUCUUAGAUUUGGUUAUGCCGUUAUGGAAUAUGGCAGCAGAUGGGGACUUUUCAUUGUAUGUUCGAAGGUGUAAAUAUAUAUCCAGUUUAAAGCAACUAUUUUAGAUUUUGUGAAGCGUUUGAACCAGAUUGUUGUAAUAUUCUUGUAUCAUAUCAUGAAAUUUUCGUUAUAUAGGGAAGUUUGUGUACA